AUGGCGAAGACGCUGCUUUUAAUAAUGGCCGCGCUGCUUAUCAUCGGCGCUAAUCUUCCGUCGUCGUCAGCGCAAGAUGUUGCCCGAGAUGUCGCGGGGCUUGAGGCCGAGGCCGGGGACAAAGUUUCCUUGGCCGCAAGCGAGGGGAUGGAGCCAAAAGAUGGCUCGGCUCCUCAAGCUGAAGGUGGCUUGGCUCCCCAAGCUGAGCCGACUCCUAAAGAUGAGCCGGCUAAGGAGGAGUCGGCUGAGAAAGAUAAACCGGAUGACAAAGAUAAAUCGGAUGAGAAAGAGAAGUCAGAUGAUAAGGAAAAAGACAAAGACAAAGAGAAGGACAAAGACAAAGACGAUAAAAAUAAGAAAAAGAAGUGUGACAAAAAAGACAAAAAGAAGUCGGAUGACAAGGACGAAAACAAGGAUGAGAAAAAGGAGAAAAAGAAAGAUAAGGACGAGAAGAAGGACAAGGAGAAGUCGGAUGACAAAGACAAGGAUGAGAAGAAGGGUAAGGAGAAGAAGGAGAAAGAGAAAGACGAGAAGAAGGACAAGGAGAAGUCGGAUGACAAAGACAAGGAUAAGGAGAAGAAGGAGAAAGAGAAAGACGAGAAGAAGGAUAAAGAGAAGUCGGAUGAGAAAGACAAAGAGAAAGAUGAGAAAAAGGAGAAAGAAAAGUCAAAAGAAAAAGAUGAGUCGGCGAAAAACAAGGUUCCAAUGGGGCGGAGGCUGCUGGCGGACGUCGGGGACGCCGUAUGA